AUGUAUAUCACUUUUGCUUACCAUUCUGCUCCCACACUGGCAACCUCGCAUGUCAUCCAGCCAAAGACAUCUGCCGAGAAACGGCUUUUGCUCAAGGCAGACCUUGUGAUUCUCCCGCUGGCUGCCUUUGGCUACUUUGCAGCCUAUAUGGACCGCAACAAUUUCGGAAAUGCUAAAGUAAUGGGAUUCGCGACUGAUUUGCACUUGUCGCCAAAUGAAUAUUACAGCUGUCUCACCAUUUUUUACGUCGGAUAUAUGGUUUUCAUGCUUCCCGUCAAUCUGACUCUCCGUAAGCUCAAAGCGAACCGGUCUAUCGGGACUGCAGUUAUUUUCUUUGGAGUUGUGAUGUGCAGUCUCUCUGUAGCCAAAUCUUUCUCGGCAGUUAUGGGGCUGCGGUUUCUUCUCGGGGUUGGUCAGUCGUUUAUCCAGGGAUUAACAAUCUAUACGUCGCUUUGGUAUCAGAGAGAUGAACUGGGCACAAGAUCAGCAAUAUACUAUUCCUGUGCCACGCUUUCCGGCGCGUUCGGUGGUCUUAUCGCGUAUGGAAUAGAGGUAAACUUACCGUAUGUCCGAAGCGGGCGGUAUCCUUGGUCGUGGCUUUUCUUGAUAGAAGGAGUCAUAGCCAUCGGAGCUGGGAUUCUUAUCGUUCUCUUUCUUCCUCGUAUGCCGGACGACCUCCAGCGGCGUAAGCGUAGUCAUUGGCUUUUCACAAAAGAAGAAAUUAAUCUCGCUACUGAUCGUCAGGCGUCUUACAAUCAAAAUGACGCCAAAUUUCAACCUCGUCAGCUUCUCGAUGCAAUGAUGGAUGUGAAAACCUGGGCCUUUGGGCUUGUCCAAGGAGCAAAUGUGCUAGGUUUAGCUGUUGUCGGGAACUUCCUACCAACAUUCAUAAACGGCUUCGGGUUCAACGCUGUCCAAACCCAACUUUUCAGCAUCAUACCAUAUGCUUGUGCAUUCGUGGCUUGUAUCUGUAUCGGUAUCACAUCCGAUCGGAUGAACACCAAAGCGCCGUUUCUGCUUGCUACUUCCUGCCUGGCAGUCUUGGGAUAUACUCUCCUCCUAGCCACCACAUCCACAAUCGUCGGUAUCGUCGCCGCUUGCUUCAUAACCGCCAGCUGCUACACCGGCGUCAUAUUGCUGCCCGUAUGGAUCGUGAUCAAUACCGCCGGAUACACCAAACGUAGUUGUGUAUGGGCGACGUCGGAGGUUUUCGCAAUGACGUUCUCUAUUAUGGCCACUCGUAUAUACGAUACCCCGCCACGCUAUGUUAAAGGCCACUCGAUUGUGUUGGCGCUCAAUGUGCUUGCCGGCUUCAGCAUCGUGUUUUGUACCUGGUGGAUGAGGCGUUUGAACCAGAAGAAAGAUCAGAUUGUGGCGGAGUAUGUGGAACGUGGAGAGGUUCAUCCGCACGUGGCGGAGAAUCUUACGUUGGAGGAUCUGCAGGAUCGCCAUAUCUUGUUUAGAUAUAUCGUUUAAAGAAUUAGUUAUAGGGGUAGGGUAACAUGUCAACUACAUGUACUAAACGGAGUGAGAGCAUUUAAAAUAG